UUAGCGGUGUGUGUUUUGUUUAAGUUCUAGUUUUUAUUACGGAAUACCAUCAUAGUCCAAGUGAAAAUCUUCUAGACAAUCUACUAUAGUGUACAAUCAUGAUUAACCUCGCCAUGGUAUGGAUUCUAUCAACGAUAACAUUAUCGUGGGCUGCCGAUGAUGUCUUUAUUGGAGGCUUCGAAAAACGGGGCCCCAUGCUUGGUUGCCACAAACGGGUGUUCACUUAUCGUGUUUCGCAAGCGGAUAGCAAAGGGCGCGAGUGUUGGGAUCAUGUGAGUGUUUGGUCCUGCCAUGGACGGUGCGAUUCGAAUGAGAUUUCCGACUGGCGUUUCCCGUACAAACGGUCCCAUCAUCCGGUGUGUAUGCAUGCCGGACGAACCCGGUCGGUGGCCACCCUGAGGCACUGUCACCCGGAUGCCGACCCUGAGGCUAAACUGUACGAGUAUAUGGAACCUAAAUCGUGUACCUGUCAGUGUAGUAGUAGCGGCAGCAGCAGGAACAGCAGCAGUAAUGGAUGCGUAGCACCCGAGAUUCGUGUAGCCGUGACCGAGGCUGGAAACCUCGGACCGGUCACGACACAUAACAUGUUCCACGACGAAGAGGAAAUCGAAACUGAAUAUGCUUAA